CAAAGAACAGCAAAGGAAAGUUUUUUCAAUGGAUUUUCUAACACUUCUGCUGGUAGUAUUAUCUUUUGUAUUGUGGCAUGUCAUAAGAUUAAAUCUAAGGCCACGGAGAUCCGGCAAGUUACCACCGGGGCCUUACCCUUUUCCGAUAAUUGGUAACAUUCUUCAACUUGGCCAAAGCCCCCAUCAAUCACUAGCCAAACUCUCCAAAAUUUAUGGUCCUCUUAUGUAUCUAAAGCUAGGGAGCAGAAAUACAAUCGUCGUCUCAUCACCGGAUAUUGCCAAACAAAUACUACAAAAACACGACCAUAUCUUUUCUUCUCGAUCAAUUCCAGCUGCCGUAAGAGCAAAUGAUCAUUUCAAAAAGUCUGUGGCUUAUUUGCCCGUGGAUAGCCAAUGGCGAAAUAUACGGAAAAUUUGUAAAGAACAAAUGUUCUCGUCACAUAGACUGGAUGCAAGCCAGGGUCUUCGCCAAGAAAAAUUGAAGAAAUUGUGUGACUAUGUGCAUGAUUGUUGUAGUAAUGGGCAAAUAGUUGAUAUUGGUGAUGCUGCGUUUACCACAUCGCUUAAUCUCAUGUCAGUUACUCUUUGCUCCAUUGAUUUUGCUGAAUUUAAUUCCAGUUCUUCCCAAGGAACAAAAGAAGUUGUACGGAGUUUGAUGGAAGUUGUAGUCGUUCCUAAUCUUGCAGACUUCUUCCCAGUUCUUGAACCCAUUGAUCCUCAAGGUAUUAAGCGUACAUUCGGGAGACACAUCAGCAAAAUAUUUGCAAUAUUUGAUGAUUUGAUCGAUAAACGGGUGAAGUCAAGAAGUGAGUCACCUGAUCAUCCAGUGAGAAACGAUGUGCUAGAAGCCAUCCUCGAUUACAUGGAAAAAAAAAAAUCCGAAAUGACCUUGGAUGUUCUAAAGCAUUUACUACUGGAUUUAUUUGUUGCAGGAACAGAUACUACUUCGAGCACUGUGGAAUGGGCAAUGGCAGAAUUAAUACGCAAUCCUGAGAAAAUGUCGAAAGCUAAAAAUGAGCUUAUGACUGUUGUUGGAGAAAAGAAACAAGUUGACGAAAGGGACAUUCCAAGACUUCCAUAUCUGCAGUCAGUGAUCAAAGAAAUCUUUAGGUAUCAUCCUGCUAGCCCUUUUUUAAUACCUCGCAAGGCUGAAGUUGAUACAGAAAUCAGUGGUUAUACAAUUCCUAAAGAUGCAGAAAUACUUGUUAAUAUGUGGGCAAUCGGUAGAGAUUCAAGCUAUUGGUUGAAUCCAGACUCAUUCGAGCCUGAACGAUUUUUAGAUCGUGAAAUAGACUUCAAAGGCCAAGAUUUUGUGCUCAUUCCCUUCGGUUCAGGAAGGAGGAUAUGUCCUGGAAUGCCUUUGGCUGACAGAACGGUGCAUAUCAUGUUAGCAACUUUGAUUCAUAACUUCGACUGGAAACCCGAAAAUGGAAUGCCCGAACAAGUUGACAUAAGUGACAAGUUUGCCAUUACACUACACAAGGCGGUGCCUCUCAAGGCUUUCCCAAUCAAACUGUGAAGCCUCAAAAUUUGUCUCACCUCGCACACACUAUUCCACGUUGAAUAAGUUUGUUUAGCAACAAACAUUCUUGAAUAAUGUAUGAAUUUCUUCGCUGAAUAUUUUUAGUACUUUCUGGUAUUGAACUUGUUUUAGAAGGGGCAGCAAAUUUGUAGUGAUGUAAAAUUUGUUUGAAAAAAAGAAGCAUCAGUAAACCUCGUUAGCUUGUUGUACUCAUCAUGAUUAUCUGUGCAUGAAGAUAUGUUUUUGCUCCA